AUGAAGCUUUCCGUUGAACUUAGUAGAAGUACUGAAAAUGUAAAUCCAUAUAACUUUCCAGCAAUGCGAGCACUCUCCAUCUCAUCUGCUGAUGCAUUCAUCUUAGUCUAUGACGUUACCGAUGCAGCCACUUUCGAAGAAGUGCGUAUGAUACGGGAUCAAAUACAUGAGACAAAAGGAACUACGGCCGUACCGAUAGUGGUUGUGGGCAACAAAAUUGAUUUGGUAACGGAGGAUAGUGAAACAAGAGAGGUUGAAUAUGCCACCACAGAAUCUGUUGUUACAGUAGAUUGGGAAAAUGGUUUUGUGGAGGCGUCAGCAGCAAGAAACGAAAAUAUUACACAGGUGUUUAAAGAGCUAUUAUCGCAAGCAAAAAUCACGUACAAUUUGAGUCCAGCGUUAAGGCGGCGUCGUCAAUCAUUGCCACAGCAAAUGGGUACACCAGGCACACCAACCCAUCAUCACCCGCAUCCAUCUGGUGCACACGCCUCAUCGCAUGCACCCACACCCGCUCAAUUGCAACAUCUACAGCGAAUACAGGAGCGCAGCCUGGGUGGCAAACGCAAUUCCUGCGUCAUAUCCUAAAUGAAUUUAAAAUCAAAUUAAAACUUAACUGAAACAAAUGCACAAAAUACCUGCUCGUAUUAAAUGCAAAUCCAAAUGCAACAUUUUCUCCGUACUAACUAAAUCUCAAUAUUAAUUAUGCAGCUCUUAAUCCUUCUUUACAUAGACUAAGACCAAAAGCAAAUUUAAUCAAAUACCAAAAUUCGUAAGCCGCUUGUGCUACAAACGCAAUAUACAUGCUUC